AUGGCCUCCAACACAGAUGCCCCACCCUCGGCGGCCACAGAGGCCGUCCUUGUCAAGUCCGAGGAGAUGCCCAAGGACGCCCAGAAGGUUGAGGAGCUGGACUUCAACAAGCUGAAGGGUCCCAUCACCGCGGAAGAUCUCUUCGAGGGCAUGCGCCACAUGGGGUUCCAAGCGUCUUCCAUGUGUGAAGCUGUGAGGAUCAUCAACGACAUGCGUGCGUGGAAGGAUCCUGAGACAGGCGACAAGACCACCAUCUUCUUGGGUUAUACUUCCAACCUGAUCUCGUCGGGCCUUCGAGGCGUUCUGCGCUGGCUCGUUGAGCACAACCAUGUCUCGUGUAUCGUCACCACUGCUGGUGGUAUCGAGGAGGAUUUCAUCAAGUGUCUUGGCGAUACCUAUGUUGGCUCUUUCAGCACCCCUGGAGCCGAUCUCCGUCGCAAGGGUCUUAACCGUAUCGGCAACCUCGUUGUACCAAAUGCCAACUACUGUGCUUUUGAGGAUUGGGUCGUCCCUAUUCUUGACAAGAUGCUCGAGGAACAAGAAGCCAGCAAGGGCACAGAAGAGGAAAUCAACUGGACACCAUCCAAGGUGAUUCACCGUCUGGGUAAGGAGAUCAAUGACGAGCGGUCCGUCUACUACUGGGCGUAUAAGAACAACAUCCCUGUGUUUUGCCCUGCGAUUACGGAUGGCAGCCUGGGCGACAUGCUCUACUUUCACACUUUCAAAACCUCACCUCUGCAGUUGAAGAUCGAUCUGGUCGAGGAUAUCCGUCGUAUUAACACGAUUGCUGUUCGAGCCAAGCGAGCUGGUAUGAUCAUUCUAGGGGGUGGCAUCGUCAAACAUCAUAUCGCAAACGCAUGCUUGAUGCGCAACGGCGCUGAGUCGGCUGUCUACAUUAACACAGCACAGGAAUUCGACGGUAGCGAUGCGGGCGCUAGGCCAGACGAAGCUGUCUCAUGGGGUAAAAUUAAGAUCGGAGCGGACAAUGUCAAGGUUUAUAUGGAGGCGACAGCUUGUUUCCCUUUUAUUGUAGCAAACACGUUUGCAAAGGAUAAUGGGAAGGCUGAUCGAAAGUAA